AUGAAGAGCUCCUCUUUUUCUCAGAAGACCCUGAGGGUGAGUGAGUCCAGCAAGGUCCGGGGUAGCACUGGAGCUUCCAAAAGUCAUGGUAGUGAUGGGUUCCAGGAGUCACUGGAGGGGGUCACCACUAAGGUCUAUGUUUACCGCCCUAAUGAGAAAGAAGAACUCCAGGAGGUGAACAACCGAUUUGCCAGCUACAUUGACAAGGUCCGGUCGCUGGAGCAAAAGAACAAGGCUCUGCGUGAUGAGCUGGAGGAACUGACCAGACGUCUGAAGGAAAGGGGUCCGGGCAUAUCAGACGACUAUGACAAACAGUUCAAAGAGCUAAAGGAAUUGAUUGAGAAGCUGAACAGAGAGAAGGGUGCUGCUGACAUUGAGCGGGGAAACCUGGAGGAGGAAAUUGAGAUCUGGAAUGCUAAAUGUGAUGAGGAGCUGGACCUGAGAGCGGAGGCAGAGAGGACACUGAAGGAGUUCCGUCAGGACGUGGAUGAUGCCACCAUGCAGAAGCUGGAGCUGGAGAGGAGAGUGGAACAACUGGUAGACGAAAUUGAGUUCCUCAAAAAACUUCACGAUGAGGAAGUUGCAGAUUUAUUGAAGCAAAUCGAUGAGUCGAGGGUGAACGUUGAGUUGGAAAGUUCCAGACCUGACCUAGCAGCAGCUCUGAGAGCCUUGCGGGUUCAGAUUGAGCAAGCAGCCAACAAAAAUAUCCAAGAGGCGGAGCAGUGGUACAAGACCAAGCUCAGUUCCGUGAAGGGUCAAGUGGUCAAGAGUGAGGAGAAGAUCAAGCAUAUCAAAGAAGAUAUCAGCAAGUAUUCCUCCCAGGUGUCUGACCUGCAGAAUCAAAUAGACACUUUGAGAGCCCGCAAUGAAGCCUUGGAGAAGCAGCUGGCUGAUAUGGAGGACCGGCAUCUGGAAGAAGUCUCCAUUUUGCAGGAAAUCAUCGCUCAACUGGAAAGUCGACUGCUAGAGACCAAAGCGGAUCUAGGCCGAUACUUGCAAGAUUACCAAGACCUGCUGAACAUCAAGCUCAAGCUAGAUGCAGAGAUUGCAGUCUACAGGAAAUUGCUGGAAGGAGAGGAGCAGAGGCUUGGUAUCACCCAAGAGUGUCAAGCUCGAGGUGACAAGCCCUAAACGUGUAGAUCACAGGAAGAGCGAACUUGCAGAUACCAUGCACACGUUAACUGCGAGAAGAUGAGACGGUGUUCCGACCACGUGAACGACUCACACUGAUUCAAUAAUAAUAAUCUCUAUUGCCUCAUGUUGCUUAUAGUCCAAGACUAUUGUGUACUGUAGCAGAUAUUUAAGCAUGCUGCGUGUUUUAUUCUAUGCUAAAGCAAAAGUAUUGCUGAAAUACAAGGUGUUAAUUAGAAAAGAGCUUUUUUUAUCACUGCAAACUCAUUAUACAGU